AUGUCAAAGACUUGGUUAGAAAAGCCCAAAAGACCACUCGAUAUCAAUUUUGAUAUCAAAACCAUACGGAAUCAAGUCAAAGAUAAAUUAAUACCACCUUUUCAAUACAAUAAUAACUCUGGAUCCAAGCAAUUUAAUUCGUUUAGAAAAGAAAACUUGCCUACUGUUCCUUCAUUCGACAAUUUAUAGGCUAGAAUAAGAGAUUUCUCAUACACAAGACUUUAAUCAACCUCCUCUCUACAAUCUAAAAUCACAUCAACCAAAAAGUAUGACGAGUAGUCUCCUAAGAAAACAAUAAGUUCAAUGGGAUUUAGAAACAAUAUAUAAAGUUAUAGACAACAAUCAACAAUUUACUAACCUGUUGAAUUAAACUACAGAACUUAAUAAAAAAGAUCAUUGGUUGAGAACAUAUAAUUGAAUGAGAUUGUAUCUUUAAGAAAUAAGAUCGAAUCAUCUUACUCAAAUAGAAAUUCACUCCAAGCAAAUUAUGUUAGUGAACUUGUGAAAUUAGCUUAAGCAAUUACAAAUGCUUUGAAAUGAGACUUAUUUAGUUUUAGAUUAUGACACAUGUAUAAAUAAAUUUAUAUUUAAUAAAAUAUUAAUAUUAAA